AUGAUUCAACCUCUUGCUUCGGAAGAGUUAGAUCACUUUUUCUCUGGGGAAAAUGGUGGACAGCCUAUAACUGUUAUUGGAGCAGAGAAUGCAGAAGUCCAGAUGGAGAUGGAUAUUCAAGAAUUGCAGGCUAAACCUACACCUGCGAUGGGAGUUUCUAGUAUAUCCAAAGUUGUGGUUGGAGGAAAUGCUGGAGCUUCAUGGAAGAGAAAACAGCACAAUACAGGCAGAUUAAUGAGAAUGACUGAGCAGACUUUACCUAGUACACGAGCUGUUGAGUUGCAUAUUAUCAUUAGAAAUGGGGCUGAUACUAAGCUGUCUGAUUAUGGUUGGGUUCCUGGUUUGGCUGGUAGAAAACCUGCUCUCAGAAUUAAUAUUGAUAAUAAUCAGCUAUGGGUUAAGGAUCUGUUGAUUGCUGGAGGGUGUCAUUGGGACUCCAAUCUGUUUAGGUCGAUAUUUACCUUUCUUCGGGAAAUCUACACGUUCGGUCGGAAAAACAGAUGCGACGAGCGGAAUGAACGAGACCCUCGAAAACUCAGAACCCUCGAACACCUCACAAACGGCUCGGCGGCGAUAGAGGACUUUGGAAAAGGCGGGGCUGCUGUGUUUUACUUCAACGACGACCAGACUGCUUGCUAA